GCGGUGUUUCAUAUAAAUAAAUCUUCCUUAAAAUGAAAAUAAUUAGAUUAAUUGUCUGCAAUAAUAAUAAAGGCCUUUUAUUUCUUCAUAAGCUGUAUUCCUGACAGAAGUCACUUUUAAAUGUUUAUAUUUUGAAGAUGAAAUGAAGUGAAUUAAAAUGAUCCGAUCUCUCUCAUCGUAUUUCUAAAAUAUUACAGUUUGAUUGCAGUAUAAUAGUACGCAUUUGCGUUUCGGUGAGUCAUUAAUAUAUGUAACAAUUACUUGCCUUUUUUAAAGCAAAGAUUUUAAUUAUCGUUUUGAGACUCAAAUUCACACUGUUAUUGCUAAUAUAGCUCCUGAUAUUGACUUUUAUAUUUUUAGAAAUCAUUAGGUUUUGCGAAGAUGGAUGGAUACACUGAUUCUGAGUAUGCCACUCUUGGCGCCGAAUUUGGUGGAAGUUUUUCUGAGAAGAGUAUUCGCAUGGCCUUUAUCCGAAAGGUCUAUUCAAUACUCAUGGUGCAGCUGGCUAUAACAUUUGCAUUCAUUUCCUUAUUUGUUUAUAAUGAUUCUGUCCGAGAAUAUACAGAACAACAUACAGAAAUGGUGGUAGUCGCCAUAUUUAUGGUAUUUGCACUUAUGAUAGCAAUGGCCUGCUGUGAUAAUGUGCGAAGGACAUUUCCCCUGAAUUUCAUUUGCUUAUUCUUAUUUACAUUUGUAGAGUCAUUCUUGCUGGGUGUUGUUUCUAGUACUUAUAAAGCUGAAUCUGUAAUGUGGGCUGCUGGAAUAUGUGCUUUCAUUUGUUUGGGCCUUACUGCUUUUGCUUUCCAAACUAAAUAUGAUUUUACUAUGAUGGGUGGUAUGCUCUUUGUAUCUCUACUGAUCUUUGUCAUUUUUGGAUUUCUUGCCAUUUUCUUGCAUAAUGAUAUUGUUAAUUUGGUUUAUGCCUGCAUUGGAGCUCUGAUAUUCUCUCUGUACUUGGUUUACGAUACUCAGCUUCUGAUUGGUGGCCAUCAUAAAUAUUCCAUUUCUCCUGAGGAAUAUAUCUUUGCUGCCCUGAAUCUGUACUUGGAUAUCAUCAAUCUUUUCAUUUACAUUCUUCAGAUUAUUGGAUCCAGAAAUUGAUUUUUUUGAAUUGAAAAAUUAAAUUCUGUAUUGGCUUUAAAAAAUUCUUUAUUAAUUAC